AGUCGCGUAAUACGAACAAAAGAGAAGAAAAUCAAGAAAGAUCGACCAAAGACAAAGAUCAAGAAGAAGGAAGAUGAAGAAAAUCCGUACACCCAGUUUUGUUUAAAGUACCACAAUAAUACUCUUUCUCCUCCUAACCCUAUCGGUAACCGUGAAAUUAAUCUUGAAUUCAAUCCUCACAUAUGGGCGAAGACACACAACAACAACCUCAGCCACAACCACAAGGGGUUUCUUCCGACAACACAAUCUCCGCCACCACCGCUGUCGACUCCGUCCAAACUAUUAUCCCCGUCGAAUCCGAACUGAGCAAUGUUCCACCACACACCAAAGCCCCUGCCACAAAAAUGCCCCUCCGUCCUCGUAAGAUCCGAAAGGUCUCGCCCGACCCAACAACCUCCGAAUCUCAAUCGGAAACCCUAAAACCACCCAAUUCCACCGCCGCCGGAAAAUCCAACGGACGGAACAACAAAACGGUUCAACCACCACAACAACGAACCCUAGCUGUUCCGAAAAUCGUACCUAGGUCACUUUCGUGCGAAGGUGAAGUUGAGAUUGCAAUUCGUUACCUUCGUUCCGCAGACCCACUCUUAUCACCUCUCAUCGACAUUCAUCAACCACCCACGUUUGAUAAUUUUCAAACCCCAUUCCUUGCCCUAACCCGUAGUAUCUUGUAUCAACAACUCGCUUUUAAAGCCGGUACUUCCAUCUAUACGCGGUUUAUUGCUCUUUGUGGUGGUGAAGCUGGUGUUGUUCCUGAUAAUGUUCUUGCCCUAACUGCUCAACAGCUUCGUCAAAUUGGGGUUUCUGGUAGAAAAGCUAGUUAUCUUCAUGAUUUGGCUAGGAAGUAUCAGAAUGGGAUACUUUCUGAUUCCGCUAUUGUAAAUAUGGAUGAUAAAUCGCUUUUCACUAUGCUUACUAUGGUUAAUGGGAUUGGUUCUUGGUCUGUUCAUAUGUUUAUGAUUUUCUCACUGCAUAGACCGGAUGUUCUUCCGAUUAAUGAUCUUGGUGUUCGGAAAGGGGUUCAGAUUCUUUAUAAUCUUGAUGACUUGCCUCGGCCAUCUCAGAUGGAUCAAUUAUGUGAGAAGUGGAAGCCUUAUCGGUCGGUUGCUUCAUGGUAUUUGUGGAGGUUUGUUGAAGCAAAGGGAAGUCCUUCGACUGCUGUGGCUGUUGCCACUGGCAACGGCUUGCAACAGCAUGAGCUGGACCACCAUCAACAGCAGCAGCAGCAGCAGCAGCAGCAGCAUUCACAACAACCAAUUAUGGAUCCCAUGAAUAACAUGUUUAAUAUGGGGGCUGCCUGUGCUUGGGGACAGUGAUAGCGGACAAAUUUGAGAAAGUUGUCAUCAAGCUUCGCUAGUAGACACUCAUACUUGAAGUUGCAAAGCCAUGCUGUCUGUUAUGCAUACUUACGGAUAGAUGUUAGCACUGAAACAUGAACAUUGCAUUGAUGGAUUAGUGUAUGAUUACCUUGUGUUUAGUAAAACUUGUGCAAGAUUAAUAAAGGCUAGUCCUUAGUUUUGCUUUUUAAUUUGCCAAUUGUAAUGGUCGGAGGCCAAUUUCAAGUUGUCAAGUCAUCUUUUACCGCUUGGUACUGUGGUUUGGAAUUGGGACCUUGUAUCUAAUGUGAGUCCUUGUUUCACGUCGUGUUAGCGAAUGUGACCCUUUGCAUAGAUAGAAUUUGGAUGUCAAUAUAAAUGCUGGAUGAUUCGUAUUUAAUUUAUAGGUUUCAAUUUGAAUGAAUUUGAGUAAUUGUUUAUUUA